ACGCCGGCGUCCUUGCUGCCAAUCGAUCCAUUCCAUUCCUGGCUCCACUAAAGUCGUGACAACACCGUGAACCCGUUGCUGACAAAUAGAGAAGUGCGACUUCAAUGUCGACACUAAUGCAUCAGUAAUUCUCCUAUCAGGCUUGUCCUCUCCAACUAUUUGCAGCUGAAGUAUGCAGUUUUAUGUUUUGGGGGUAUUUUGAAGAAAAGCUAUGCCCCGGAGUAUAUCGAGGUCCCCGUCGUAUUCGCGGAGGCGAUACUCCCGGUCUCGCUCACCCACCAGCCACCGCUACUCCAGCCGCCGUACUUCCCGCCGUGACCGUACGCGUUCCCCUCACAGCAGGCGAAGAAGUCGUUCUGGUACGCCACGUCGACGAAGAAGUCGUUCUCCAGCUUUGAGGCGCAGGAAGAGCCGUUCCCCAACACCAAGGCGGCACAGGAGACGUAGAAGCCGAAGUUCUUCAUCUCUUUCGUCAAAAUCCCGUAGUCCGAGUUCAACAUCAGUAGAUCGCAAGCUUGCCAAUGGAAAACUCAAAAAGGAAGAAGAAGAAAAGAAAAGACUGCAGCAUGAGGCAGAGCUUAAACAAUUAGAAGAAGAGACUGCAAGGAGAUUAGAGGAGGAAAUUCGGAAAAGAGUUGAGGAGAAAUUGGGUUCUGAAGAAGUUAGGGUAGAAAUUGAAAGGCAAGUAGAAGAAGCUCGGAAGAAGCUGUUUGAUGAUGUUGAAGCUCAACUUGAAAAAGAAAAGGAAGAUGCUCUUGCUGAAGCAAGGCAAAAAGAAGAACAAGCUCGGAAGGAGAGAGAAGAGCUUGAUAAGAUGCUUGAAGAGAACCGGAGGAGGGUAGAAGAGGCUCAGAGGAGAGAAGCUCUGGAGCUGCAGCGAAAAGAGGAAGAAAGACUGCGGGAGCUGGAAUUGAUUCAAAGACAAAAGGAAGAGGCUGCUCGAAGGAGAAGAAUCGAAGAGGAGGAAGAGCGCGCAAAUCAGAUAUUACUGGGUAAGAACAAGUCUAGGCAAAAAAUGGUUGGUCUGUAGACGAGUUGUCUCAAUUCCUCUGAGGAUCGUUGUAAGCCUAACUGAUCUUGGAUAUCUGCAACCUACAUUUUGGUUCCACUUAUUGGCUACCCAAUCUUUCAUUGAAAA